UAGCAUUAACUUGGCAAGAAUUCACAAGCCGCCUGCAAAACACAAUCCUGGCGCUAGACUACAUCCGUCGAUUAGGUUGAGAACCCCUUGCUGAUGUUUCCAAUCCCGAAGGCGAUGUCCAGUGCGCCGUGUUGCGCGACGAGGAAGGGGGCUGCGUUUCGCAGUCGUCGUGGUGGUCGUUUCUGCGCCGCUCGUGUGCACCCGGUGACUCGACGAUCGCGGCGUUACACGCACGUUCAUCUAGGACGCGCGAGUGUUGCAGCCUGCAUAAAACGGAGCGGAAUUGUCCCGUGUGCGUCCGCGUGUGUGCGCGAUAUCCGUCUCGGAUCGUGGACUACGUGCGGUAUCCUUGACUAACGUCUUCGACGUCGUCGUCGACGUGCGUGCAUUCGUGCGCGCGCCCGCGCGCGCUCUCGGCAUUGACGGAGCGAGACGUUUGGUGCGCGUGAUAGAAAGAGAAAGAUAGUGGGAAAAACGGAAGGGCCGAAGAAGAGGGGACGGAGAGGCGAGAGAGAAAGAGACGGAGUGGCCAGUGCUUUAGCGCGCGAUGUGUUUUUGUCCGUGAUACGUGAAAAGUUGCGUGGUGCGAAAGCAGAAGGGACGCGAGAGAAGGGCAGAAAGAUCUAAGAACGACAUAAAGAGAGAGCGGAAGAAAAAGAGAGGAAGAGAGACAGCGAAGCGGCGGCGGCGCCGCUUCUUCUCGCUUGUCCGCUCUUGAGAGAGGGCGGAGGAGAGAGUACCUCCGUCUCUCUCUCUGUCUCUCCGAGUGUGUGUUUGUGCUUCUCCCGACCCCCCUCCCCGCGCUCGCGCGCGAGUGGCAGGUAGAGGCGCGCGCGAAGGUACCCGUGCGAGCGAGGGCGCGCACAACGACGAGGUAGAGGAAGACGAAAGUGGCUAGGAAGCGGGAAGCGUCGGCGUCGAGACGCCCGGCGGCCCGACUACCUGCUGGCGGCGCCGGUCCGAUUGAACGCGCGCGAUUUUCGUCACGUUACGUCGCCGUUGUUGACGCUCGCAUUGGGCACCGGUGAUCGGCGGGCUGUUCGCGUAGGGGGAAAUGGGAUGCGCGGCGAGCCGUCGGGCCGCUUAGCGUAGUAGUGUGUAUCGCCUUGCCUGACGGCGGUGGCGACGGCGGUGGUAGCGGUGGCGGUGGCGACGGGGCCCAACGGCGAGAAGCGGUCGGAAAAAUGGCGUCCGAUAACGAAGCCUCUUGCGCGAGUGACCCAAAUUUCGCGGUGAUCUGCUCGUUUCUCGGCUGCUUCGGCAAGUCCUGCGGCAUCAUCUACCCGGACAUCGCGCGACUCCAGGAAAUGCUCGAGAACACGCAGGAAGCGUCACAAGAAUUAAUAGACCUGCACAUCAAGUUGCUGCGCAAAACGCGCAAAACUGUGUCACCAGAAAAGUGGGAGCGGGCGCUAGUCAAGUUUUGCCACACGUAUUCCAAUCAGGAUGGAUGGGAACUUGAGCGUUUUGGUUACAAAAAAGCCCGUAUUGCUGUUAAACUGCGUUUACUUAAAGUGCUAUUGGAAACACAGUUUGAUCAAAAUCAAAAGUUUAAGAAUGAAGUGAACAAAUUGGGAGCUGAUGAAUUACGUGUGGAACCGUUAGGAAGGGACAAGAGUGGCUUAGCGUAUUGGUGUCAGCUGGACGAGGAAUGCAACAUAAGAGUCUAUAGGGAAGAUUUAGACGAGGAGAAUUGGGAGUUAGUAGCUCAGUAAGUUUCGGGUGUUGUUAGUCUCAUAAACACUUUGUCGAACGGCGAAGUCGGGGCUAUACCAAUUAACGAGGAUAGCAACAGUCUUGAAAUCUCCGAGAAACCUAUAAUAGACACCGGUCAAGUGACGACGUCUCCGAGUCUGGAGGACGAGAUUGUGCAAGAGAACGGCGUUCAUACGGACGAGAUGAACGACAAGCCCUUACCGAACGGUAAGAGCGACGAGUUCGAAGAGGAGCACGAUCAGGAUCAGGAUGAUAUAAAUGAAAUUGAAAACGACGAGGAGGAAGAUAUCGACGGGGAAGAGGAAGAUGUGACGAACGACGAAAGCUCGAAGCAGAUUACGGAGGAAGACGAUUCUCAAGAAAUGGUGCGAACUCCGAGUGCAGAAUCAAGGUGUACGAACGCUUCGUCCUCAUUACAACCGGCUAAUCUGGCGCCGGAAACGCCAAAUGUAAAAGUGAGCGUGAUGCCGGAAGAUAUGAGUCAGAAAGAGGCUAUCGAUGAGACGAAGAAUAAGCCGGCGAUGACGCAUAAACCGACGACACUCGCGAGUGUCGCGAAAGUCGAGGUUGAGGAAGCGCCACCGUUAAAAUCGAUAGAGACGCCCGUCAUCACGUCGUCUCCAUUGAAACUGGUGAAUAUCACGGAAUUGAAGCACACGACGGAAGAGAAGUUGACGAGCCCGACGACACCCGUCGUCGCGCCGUUAAACACGGUGAAGAAGCACGGUGCUCCCGAUGAGAGCACGGUGGAUUCCGUCUUGAAACCGCUCGAUAAAUUACCCGGCAAAAGCAGUCUGCCGUUUGCGCCCGCCGAUUCCAUUUCCAUGGGACAUAGCAAGCUAUCCGUGAAACCGAUAGAUCAAUUGGCUGCGAAUCUCGUGAGGAUACAGUCGGAAAAGCUGGAGAAGCCAAGCGGAACAAAGUCACUGGAGAAGAUCGCAGAAUCCCUGGCGAGGUCCGGCGGUAUGCUGAUGAACGGAGAGGACGGAUUGCCGCAGGACUUCUGCGCGAGGAAUCAGUCGGAAAAAUCGGCGGGGCUCAGGCAGGGCCACAGAGGCAUGGAUCUGUCGACAUCGCCGCGUGGCUGGGAGAGCGCGAACGAGCAGAACAGACCGGUGGAUUUCUCCGGAAUCGAUCUUUCUAGUCGAAAAUCAGGGAAGACGGUGGACUUGCCUUCCCCGGGCUACAGGGCGCAGGAGUUCCAGCACAGAGAGAUGGAUCUGAGCACGAAGAAGCUGAAUAAGCCGGAAGUGCCGAAUAUACCGUACGAUGCGCGGAGCGUGAUGAUGCGCAAUCACGCGAUGGUGGCCGAUUUGAGUAAACGACAAAUGCCGUACAGCGCGUACGAGAUGCCGUCGACGCCGUACCACAACGCGGCCAGAUUACCAGCCAAGGACGAGCACCGAUUGCAGAGCUACGCGAUACUUCCCGAUCCCAGCAAAAUUACGGCUCUCAGGAUGAACGCCAAUGCGUCGUUGAAACGACCCUUGGAAAGCGACGACGUACAGCCGGAAGUGCUGAAGAGGAUAAGGGCGGAUGUGAUCCCGAUCAGAGGCUCUAUGGAUAAGAGACCGAUAAUGAGCGGCGGCAAUUGGAGGGACGAAGUAGGCGAAGCCAUCGAGGAGCCGAUGAUGAUGGUUCAAGGCGAGGGAUCCGGCAGCGACUGUGACGCGGUGAAUCCCGUCGUAGGAGAGGCUAUCGAGGAGCCGACGGCUUUUUUUUACGGCGAGGGUUCCGGCGCGGAAUGCGAGACAGGCAAUCCCGGCGACGACGCGUCCACUGACAAUAAAGAAAGCAACGAAUCAAAAACCGAACCUGACUCGGCCACGGCGACGCUGUCGCAGAAUAAGGUUUUAACUGAGGACGAGGUUUCCACGGGCUCGAUAGUGUCGAACAAAACCCCUGUAAAAUUAAAUAGGAACUACCCGCAGUCUAAUGUAAGCGUAAAUGAUAAUUGUCAAAUAAUAGAUUCUAUACAAGAGAAGCCAAAGUUCAAGUCGACAUUAGGCGUUCAGAUAAUACCGAAAAGUACAACUGGCCCCGUGAAGAGGUUGUCCAGGUGGGAUGUGGGAAAACCGGAGGAGAAGACAGAAUGCGACAGCAGCAUCAUAUCAAAGGAAGGAGACAUAUCAUUGAAGCAAAAUACCGACGAACGGAGCGACGAUGCGGAGCGGAGGCUACCAAGCACAGACGCGGAAUCGUCCAAGGCUGAACGCGAGGAUUCCGCCGCUGUCAAUCGAGACGUCAAGGUAGACGAGAAUUCCGUCGAAGGCAGUGUCAAACCUCAAGUGUCUGAUGUAAGUUCGGAGAAUACGAGUACGACGAAGGAGGAAAGAGACUCUGAGCCCCAAGAGUCCGUGCAGUGCGAUUCGUCCAUAUCAUCGUGUCAGGCGGACAUCUCGCAGAAACCUGAAUCGUGUACGGAUUCUGAACCCACGGUGGUAGACUCGGUCAACGUUUCCGAUUCGAAUAACGUAGUUUCACGCGAUAUUUCCGAAACAGUGGAUAACGAAUGUAAGUCGGUUGCAUCGCCGCCGAGAUUUUUUUUUGGCCCCAAUUGUAUCUCGUAUACCUCGAAGUCCGAUGAAUCAGGAUCGCAGAUCGCGGAGCCGAGUCUCGCCGCAUCUGUGCAGGAUAAAACGGAUAUUGUGCAAUACGAAUGCGUGUCUUCGUCGAAACCGUCGGACGACGCGGCUCUUCCGUGCAAGACGGAGGAUUUCGAUAUUGCGCAAACAAACAACAAACUAAAAACAGAUCUGCUUACUUCAGAAUCCGACAGCGUUCUAUGCGAGAAUAACAGCAAGGACGCGGAGAAAACUGAAGGAUCAAGUAACACGUGGGAUCAACAAAUUUCGACUCUCAAUAAUUCAACAGAUCCGAGCGACGCAUCCGAACAGACUGUCGCUAAUUCUUCCGUCGCGCAAGUUCAAGCGGAGACGAGUGAAGAAUUAAGCGUGCAAGAAUCUGUUUGCCGUGAAGAAGUAAAAGAAAACAAAGAAGCGGAAGAAGGUGACUGCACAAAAUUGCAUGAAGAUCCUACGUCAGAAACGAUAACUGAAAAUGAAAGUAUUAACAAUGUAAAUAUAGCCGAGGAAGACUCAUCUAAAAUCAGUUCGGUCGACGAGCCUGGCGUGGUUCAACUGGCGGAACGUGAAAUUGUUGAGUCAUCGCAGUGCGAUCAAUCUAUUGAUUCUGAAAAAUCUAUGAACACAGAGAAUCAAGAAGCUUCUUUCGAAAAGAUGGAAACGACGUCGGAACUGCUGGACGAUAAGGAAGAUAAAGGUGAACAGCCGGCCGAUGAUGGUAAAAUCGAGGAAGACUAUCAGUCGGCCAAUCCGGAUGCCUUCAAGGAAGAUCAGGAGAAAACCGAGUCCGUGACAACGGCGCAUUCAUCUUUAUCGCCACUUACACAAAAUUCGCAGGCGGAGCUAGCCGAUCUCAGGGAAUUCGAGGAUGCCAACAACUCGAGCGAGCCAUUGGAUUCCACGAACGCGGCGGGAUCUGCGAAUUAUCAAGAAACCAGCAGGCCGCACAGCAACGAUCUCGAUUCCGCCGGUGAGAGUUGCGACAAGCAGAGCGACAGGAAUGACAACUUCUCCGAAAUCGACGGUCAGGAGGAUCACUCGACCGACACGGACAACGAGAAGAUGAAGGGUUUGGCUGGUUCCGACGCCGACUCGAUGUGCGUCAACUACGACAAGAAUAGCGAGCGGACCGACGCGCUGUCGGAUGUGGUGAUGCAGGACGAUGGAUCGGGCGACUCCGAAGAGAUCAAGGAAAAGGAGUUGAACGAUGCUCAAAUCAACGACGUUGUGUUCGGUAUCGAUCCCGAAGCGCAUCCCCCCGAGAAUUCCGUGACGACUAGCUCGGAGUCGACUCGGGAGGACGACAAGCACGAUAUAGUUCCUAUUACAAGCAGUUCGGACGAUGCCUGCGCGCAGGAUUCUUCGCCUCGAGAUACUGAACCUGUGCAUAUAGAUAGUGAGAAAGUAGAAGAUGCAUCGUUCGUCACCGAUAAGCCUUCCACGUCCGACGCUUCGCCAGCGGAGCCCGAAGCGAAUAUCGAACCGUCGAAAUCCGAUGUCUACGAGAUCGCGGAGGAGACAAACGCCCCCAGCUUGGUUCAAUCUACCAGCGAGUUCACCGACGAUAUUUCUGAAAAUUUCAGUUCCUGUGUCGAUCAAGAUGAAGAGAUGGUUAUAGACGAUCGUGUAUCUGAAACUAACGAGCCAUCUAAGGAAGCUGAGAAAAUCACAACGAAUGACGAGCAACAAGAGAACACAGCGUCGGAAACGCGAGUAGAAUCCGAAAAGGAAGAUUUAGUUCCUGCGAGCGUUGAACAAGAAUCUUGUCAGGCUGCGACAGAAGCUGAAAUCUCAGAGAAAAAGGAAGAAUCUGAGGAGAGAAUCGACGAAGAAAGCAAAAACGAUAAUAAUCUUCAAGAAACAAUCGAAGACGACAAGACCGAAACUUGUAAGAACGAUGAGCAGGACGCGAUAAUUGCAGAGGAUGUCUGUGAAGCCAGCCAAAGUAAAGAACUUCCCGAGAGCGUAGAAAAAUCAGAGACAGAUACAAUAACUGUUCCCGAAUCGGAGGUGGAUGCGACAAUUGUUCCAGAAUCUGGAAUAGAUACGACGACUGUAAUUUCUCAGCAAUCAGAGACAGAUGCGACGACUGUAACUUCUCAGCAAUCAGAGACAGAUGCGACGACUGUAACUUCUCAGCAAUCAGAGACAGAUGCGACGACUGUAACUUCUCAGCAAUCAGAGACAGAUGCGACGACUGUAACUUCUCAGCAAUCAGAGACAGAUGCGACGACUGUAACUUCUCAGCAAUCAGAGAUAGAUACGACAAUUGUAACCGCUCAGCAAUCAGAGGCAGAUGUCGCAAAUGUAGCGCCAGAAAAAUCACAAGAAGAGGUAACAAAUGGCAAGAAACAAUCGUUAGUUGCGAAUUAUGAAAGCGAUUCCAAUGACAAUGUUAGCGAUGACGUUUUCGAGUCUGAUGUAGCGCAAACAGUUGAUUCUAAGAAUGACGUCAUCGCCUCGGUAGAGCAAGAAACGAAAGAAAAGCCGCACAAAGAAUUAUCUGUGACAGAAGACGACGCCAGCAGCAGAAAUUUAGUCUCCGAUGUGCCUGAGGAACAACCGUCUGCCGAGCAACAGGUAGAGGAACUUCCAGAAACGAAAGUUAACGAAGUAUUGGAUCAAGAUAGCGUGGUCGCAGAGCCAGACGUUAAAAUUAGUACGCAGGAGUGCGUUGACGAGACGCAGAUCAAAUCUGUUUGCAACAACAUUGAAUAUGAUUCUAACGAGAAAUUACCGACGUCUUUAAGCAAGGACGAAGAAUUUCAAGAAGAGACGAAUACUAUUUCUGCUACUGACAAUUCUAAAACGUCGGAAGUGCCGGACGCGACGAAAGUUUUAGCGCCAGUCACAACGGAAGAGCCGAGCAAGAACUUGGAGACGAUCGUUAGCCACAGCGAGAAAAAUAGAGAGCAUUUCAAUAAUUUGAUUGACAAUAUGAAAACCACGCAGGAGAUUCAAAAUGCUAUCGAAGUGACGGAGAAGACGGAUUGUUUAAAAUCUGAGAACAUUCACGAUUUCAGCGUGGACGACGCGAGUAAACUCGCGAAGCCCUCGCUCGACCGAGAAAGUGCCGAAUUUAACGCUGUGGACAGUCAAGUGACCGAUGUAUUUCACGUGAAGGAGCAGCAUGUGAAAAGUAUGGACGAGAAACUAAACGUCAGUAAUUUGGACACCGAGAGCAUCGCGAGAUUGAAAAAUGUAAAUGUACACAUUAGCGAAGAACUGCCUAUUCCGUGCAAACGAUUCAAAGAAGACCUCGCCGAUUACGAUAACAAGGACAAUAAAUGGGAUGUGAAAUUGAAAGAAGAAUGCUUAAGCGCCAAACCAUUCGCGGAAGAAGGGGCGAUUUUGCCGCCGAUUCAAACGGAAUCGAGCGUUAUGCCGGCGAAGCUGGAUAACGAUUUGGCAGCGGACAAAUUGCAAGCGUGGAAAACGGACGAGAAGGAAGCUGCUUUAGAAGGGAGCGUGUCCUCCACCGCGUUGUAUUUUCCCAAUUCGAUGCCCGUUCCGAAGAUGGAAAAUAACUUGGACAGCUGCAACAAUCAAAAUGAGCCUUUUAGUAUAAACUUGAAUGUAAAUAAAAUUACAGAGAACUUAAGUGAAAAUCCGCCUUCGAGUAUGAGUGACGAGCCGGCGACAUCGCCCGCUCAGGAGAGCAUGUCGGAAAUUGGUGUUGUAAAAUCCGAUGCGAAGAAGGAAGCCAGCAAGAGGCUGAUUGACGCCUUAGACGUAGAAGACGUUCGUCCGCUGAAGAAAUCUCCGUGCUUGGAAACAGACGAUAAAAUUGUAGAAAAUUUAGAAAACGUCGCAGCAGAAGCGCCUAAACUUUUAGAUACGAGUGAGAUUGAGAAAAUGGAGCCAAAAGUCGAAGACGAAGCGAAGCCCCCGGCGAUCUCCACGACGCCGUUGUUUUCCAAUAAUUUUGGCACAGUUAACGAUUCCGCGGCCGCCACACCGACGGAGGAUCCGAAGAAGAUUGAUUUAGAAGCCGCGGACAGGAAAGAAUCUUCGGAAAUCGAGAAUGUCGAGACGAAAUCCACAGCUUCCGACGACUCGAUGGGCGUGGACAAUGAUGAGAGCGUGUUCGACGUACCGCCGGAGGAGGCUGAUCCUUUGGCGUGCACCGACGACGACGCUUUGAAGAACAUCGCCGAAGACGGUUCCGACAAGAUAAGCAUUCGCGUGAAGCCGGUAGCCGAAAUAGUUUACGAGGGCUGGAAACUGGACAGCACUACGGAGACGCCGAAAAUUUCGCGAAAGCGCCGGAGUAGCGCGCAGCCUCGCGCAGAGUCGAAUUCCGAGGACGGGGCUGCGAAGCAAGAGGCGGAGGAGAUGAUGGGUGGCAAGAGGAUGAAAUUGCGCGCAAAACGCAUGCCGACGCAUGCCAAGGAGCUGCGGAAGUCCAUCGAGGAAAGUCGCGAGAUGGCGGUGAGCUCCGAGGACGAGGCCGUGAAGUGCGACGCGGAUAAUGUAGCGGAACACGCGAUUAAAGACGGCAGCGAUGACCCGAAUGCGGCGCAAUCUAUGGCGAUCGACAAGAAGAUCAGAGGUCGUCCCAGAGGUAGACGAAGGCGUGGUUAUCGCGGCGGUGGGCGUCCUAGUCGGCCGAAACUCGCGGGAUUCCACGAUCAAGGAUCGGAAGUAUCGCCCGGUGUCCUUCCCGACGGCACUCCGAAUGACGCUUUGAGUUCGUCGGCGCAGAAGAAGCGGAAAAAGCGAAAAAUGGUUUUGGGCUUGGAAAUAGGCAGAGAUAUUUCUCUGGAAUCGGAAACGCCCGCGGCGCAGGAUGAAACGCCUGUCAGACAAUCAAGGAGGAUAGCGCAAUUGAAAAUUAAGGAACAAGCAGACAGACGCAGAAUCGAGGAGGAAAGCAUGCGUGAGGUGGAGGAGAAAAAAGAAUCGGAAAAGAAGAAGAGGAAGAAGCAAAAGCCGGAAAGCGAGGAGGAGGAAAUUAUCAUAAAGGAAAUUGAGAAAGAGAAGAAAUCGAAAAAGAAACGUCGAAAGAGAAAGAAGAAAAAGAUGUUGGCUAAAUUCAACGAGUCGAACCCGUGGCAGAGUUCGUCCGGGUCCAGCAGCGACGAAGACAAUGAAAAUGAAGACGAGGAUGAGGAAGACGAGGACAUGGAGAGCGAAGGAUCCUUGCUGUUUAAAAGCGAUCACGAGUUUUCUCCGGAGAGCGAUCUCGAGAAGGAUCAGGAGUCCGAACCGUUAAGACGCGCUCGAACGGCGCAAAAAGCUCAAAGUGACGUUGAAGAAGCUGAGGAUGAAUAUGCUUGUCAAAAGUGUGGGAAAGCUGAUCAUCCCGAAUGGAUUUUAUUGUGCGACUCUUGCGACAAGGGAUGGCACUGCUCGUGUCUCAGGCCGGCUCUUAUGCUUAUACCUGAAGGCGAUUGGUUCUGCCCACCGUGCCAGCAUAAUCUGCUGGUGAAUAAACUACGGGAUACUUUGAAAACAUUCGAUCAGUUGACAAAGAGACACGAGAAUGAAGUGCUGCGGAAGAAACGAUUGGCCUUUGUCGGCAUCAGUUUGGAUAACGUGCUUCAUAAAGGCGAGGGGCAGCGCGGAUCGAAAGCGUCCAGUCAAGAAUCAGAUAACGAAUCCUCUGACUCCUCUUCGUCGGCCUCCAGUUCUGAAACAUCGAGCAGCGAGGAAAGCGAACCGGUUUAUCAACUGCGCGAACGUCGCUGCGCCAACACCUACAAAUUUAACGAAUACGAUGACAUGAUUAACGCCGCGAUUCAGGAUGAAGUUGAAGCGGUUCAAGGUGCCGGAAAUCAAGGAAGGGGCAAGGAUAUCGCAACGAUAGUUAAUGCGGAGAAGGAAGAGGCUGAGGCGGAAGCAUUAAAAAUGACGCAAUUAGAAGAAGACAAGGACGAUGUGGAAUCAAAACCAGAGAAAGAAAGUGAUGAAGAAUUUAAGAUUGAAAACGAGGAUGUGAUGGAUGAAAUGGAAGAGGAGCAAAAUACAGUUGCUAGGAAAUUGUUGGCACGUAAGAAACACCGAAAGCUAAACAGUCUUGAUAUAAGCAGUGAAGACGAUCCGGACAGUGACGAAGAUUUCAAAGGUACGAGUUCCGACGACGAGGAGGACUUUGACGAUCACAUUACAUCGUCUGAUGAUAGCACCUUUGCUGAUGUAAAACGACGCGGUAGGAAGGGCGAUUCACGUCCCGUUAGAAGAUCUACUAGAGCGCGUAUGACGAGAGCUUACGAUGAAGAUUUUAUUAAUGACGAUAGCGAUGAGAGUGAUCGGCCAAAGAGAAAGAAAUCGCGAUCGUGGGGAGACUCGGAUAGCGAAGACAGUGAUAACUCGUGGAGGCAACGAAAGAAAAAGAGUAGGACAAUACCAACGUCCAGAGUUAGGACAAUGCCGAAAACGAAGGGCAAGAAGAAGAAGAAGAGAAAACGUAUAAUUGAAUCCGACAAUCAGAGCGAGAACGAUGAAGAAGAUGAGCCGAAAAUCGAGGAGCAAUGCGAACCCAACUUGCAGGGCGUGGAUACUUCCGGACUGAAUGAAACGCUGGACGUUGACAAACAAGAAAAUUUUGAAAAUAACACAACCGAAAAUAAUGUCGAGGUAAAAGAUGAAAGAUUGCCGGAAGUAGCCUCAGAAGUUCCGAUUCCUCAGAUUCCACAGCAACCACAAGAACUGUUGCCGAUUCAGAAAAUCAAAAAGGAUAUUGUGCCUAAGCCGAAGAAAGCUAUGAGACGAAAGAUUAUUUACGGCGGUCUUCCCGAUGAGAACCGUCAAGAGGAGGAAGAAAUAUUAGGUAGGAGAACUCGAGGACGCAAGAUCAAUUAUCGAGAGGAAAUGGCAUCUGAUAGCGAAGAGGAAUUAAAAAAAGCGCUAAUGAUGAGAAAGGCUGGCGAAAGCGAAGAUGAAUUUGUAGUGAAUGAAGCCGACGAUAUGAAUGACGACGGUGAUAAGGAUUCUGAUUCAGGAGAUGUCUAUAUUCCCAAGAAGGAUGCGCUGAAGUUUAAAAACAAGUCACCGAAAGCAAAGAAGCCGCGCAAUGGCUCUGCGGGGAAACGCAAAUCGUUAUCGGACGACACACCGAAGCAAAGAAAGAAACCAGGACCGAAACCGGGAAGUAAGAACAAAGCGCGUAAGCAGAAGCUGCAAGAUGAUGAUGAUAUGCUCGGUAUGGACCAUCCUAUUGGCGAUUUAGCAUCUAAAAUGGACGAAAGUCUUCCGGACAACGUUGGAUUGACGGGCACGACGAUGUCGGUUGCGAGUUCAUUCACCGGAGAUGUUCCCGAAGGUUCGUUAACGGGACUCGGUGCCGGGGAAUUAGCCGAUUUGGACGAUGAGCAGCUGGAGCAGAUGAUGAUGGACGAGGAGUAUGGACGACGGCAGCUCGAGCUCGCGGCGAUCGAGAUAGCGAAGAAAAAGAAGAAGGAAGAACGGGAGGCCAAGAAAUUGGAAAAAGCGCGUUUGAAGGCUUUAGAAAUUCUGGCGGCGGAGAGACAGAGGGAUCCGAACGCGCCUGAGGGGACGGAUGGUGAGGUGCCCAAGAAGAAGAAACGCGGACGGCGCAGCAAGGCCGAGAUACUCGCCGAGCAGAUGCGCAGGGACGGUGCGCCGAAUCUAAGCAUCGCGUCACCGACUGUUAUCGGCAGCGUCGGCAUGCCGGACGGCGCCGGUAACAUGUCGCACAACAUGAAUCCCGCUGCCUUAUCGACGAGUCUGACACCGGAAACGGAUCGGGGCGAAGGGGGUCACAUGCCUCUCAUGACAGGACCGGACGGACAGCUUUUCAAUCCCGAUGGCACCCCGGUGAGACCGAAGCGACGGGGUCGUGGCAAGGGCAAGAAGACACUCGCAUUGGAAGCGGCUAGAGCGGCGGAGGCAGCGGCUAAGGCUGCGGCCGAGGUCGGCCUGAUGGCUGGCAUGGGCACGGAUUCCAAUCCGGAGAUGAAGAACGACCUCCCGAACGUUCUUCCCACGCCAGGAAGCAGCACGUCCGGCUCAGCGCCCUCCACACCACCGGCAAGCGCCGUCCCGACGCCGGGUCCGCCAUCGACACAGUCGCCGAACGCAGUUUAUCCGACGCUACCACCCGGUCAACAGUCUUCCGUCAUCACGAGGAUGCUGCAGUCGCAACCUGUAUCCAGCAGUCCGCAAUCGUUCACCGCGGCGGCAGCCGCGAUGGGUCACAAGUACUUCGGCGGACCCAACGUCGGCGGACAGAUGAUAGGUGGUCCGCGAACGGGUUACGAGAUGCAGCCGCGCGCCAGGAUUCCAUCACCGUACAGGCAGGCGGGCCAGUCGUCCAUGCCGCAUUUCGCUGCGGUCAGAUCGGGCACACCGCCAAUGCGGAUGCGAGUACCUGGUCCGCAAAUGUACCACACGCCGCACCAUCCAAUGGACCCGUCGCCAUCGGGCGGCGGACCGAUCUCCAUCAAUAAUAGGGAUCGCAGUUCGCCCCUGACGCCCGGCGGACCGGCGAUGAUUCCACCGUCGGCCGGUAGUCCACUGGCCAAGGGCGGUCCGACACCGCCACCUCCACCAUACGUGCGCGGUGGUCCGCCGAUGGCUAGAUUCGCCGAAAAUCCUAUGGGACCCAGGCACCAGAUGCCGCCAUUCACCAACGCCUCGCCUGUCAACCACAGCAUGCAGCAGCCUUCACCGCCUCCUAAUCGACAGCCCGGCAACUUCUCGCCGUAUCAUCCGCCUCCGCCACCCAACUAUCACUACGGUGCCUAUACAGCGCCCCCGCCGAUGUCUACGGCGGACGACGCAGCCGCUUACCAGGGCUCGCCGUAUCCCCUCGGAGCACUUCCUCCCUCCCCCGGGCGGAUACCUCAGCCGCCGAUUCAAGGUCCACCGCCGCCUCAGGGUCCACCGCAACAGUCGCAUCCGGGCGACGAAGAGGGCACCGGUGAAUUCGGCGGGCUGGUAUCUUACUUCAGCAGCCAGAGGGAGGACGAUCUUGAUUCGUAGCAUGAGUGAGAGCUUGGCCAACCCUGAAACGUUAGGUAGGGGGGGAAACGUGCUCAGGUAAGAUCGCAACUUUUGCUACGGAGGGACAUCGGUUAUGCAAAAGCAACAUGCAAGAUAAGUUUGGGAGAUUCGACUUUUCGAAGACAUUGUAUGUGCGAGCCUGCGUCACGAGAGAUAGAACCUAGAGUCUUCCUCUUCGACCUCUAAAGCAAAUAGUUGUCUUGUAGUUCUUGCACACUUCUUAUGACGAAGAACGCUGGUGGCAAAUCCAUGGUUGGCCAAGUAUAGAGCGAGCACAGAGAGAUAAAUCUGAGAGCGACGGGACGGAGCCUAUUUUCUAAGAGUUGUAAGUUUUUCUGUAAUUAGCUUAUAACUCGAUGAAUGAAUGUAAUCAAUAAUACUACGGCAGAAUUGCUUUUCGGACGGCGAGAUGAAAGAUUUGAUUAGAAACCGUUUUUCGCCAUUAUUUGUUACUGCAAUUCGCCAAUCGAACAAUUACGUUCAAAAAUUUUUAUACACAAAACUAAAAUAAAGUUAAAUUUGUCUUGCAACAUGUGUUCUGGAAA